ACUUUACUAGAAAUCAACUCAACAAUCAACAAUCAGAGGCUUUGAGCAGCGGAAAAUUUGGGAACAACAACACCUUCUUCUUCGUCUUCUUCUUCUUCUUCUUCAAGUCAAACCUAAACCAAGAACACACACUAGCGGUUACUUUCACGCAUCAACAAUCGACUCGAUUACGCUCUCGGAUGAUCACGGCUCAUAACCUAGCUACGGCGGUGUUGGCGGUUGACGGAGGAUGAAGAAAUCCAAGGUGAAGAACACCGGAUUGUUACCUAAUUCCUUGAAGAUUAUAUCUUCCUGUAUUCGAACUGUUUCUACUAAUGCUAGCACCGUCGUUCGUUCCGCCGGUGCGUCUGUUGCUGCUUCGAUUGCAGCGUCUGCUGAUGAUCACAGAGAUCAGGUAAUAUGGGCCGGCUUUGACAGAUUAGAAAUUGGUCCUGCUUCCUUCAGACAUGUCUUAUUGCUUGGUUAUCAGACUGGUUUUCAAGUUAUUGACGUUGAGGAUGCUUCCGAUUUUACCGAGCUUGUUUCAAAGCGUGACGGGCCAGUCACUUUCUUACAAUUGCUGCAUAUUCCUACAAAAUCUGACGCCAAUGAAAAGUUCCUACAGUUACAUCCAUUACUAAUGGUGGUUGCUGGCGAUGAACCCACCAGGUCGGGGCUGGGUCAAAAUCGAACCUAUUUGAGUCAACCAGGUAGGGAUGGUUCAGUGAUGGCUCAGUCAGGAAGCUUGGUGGACUCUCCUACUGCGGUGAGGUUUUAUUCUCUUAAGUCCAAUUGUUACGUGAAGGUUCUCAGGUUCAGGUCAACUGUUUUUAUGGUCAGAUGCAGUCCUCUGAUAGUUUGUAUUGGUCUUGAAAAGGAGAUACACUGCUUAGAUGCGGUCACACUUGAGCAUAAAUUCACUGUACCCACGUAUCCGGUUCCUCGGUCUGGAGGCCAAGGAAUGGUUGGAGUUAACUUUGGGUAUGGUCCAUUAGCCGUGGGUCCACGGUGGUUAGCUUAUGCUUCAAACAAACUGCUUGUAUCUAACACGGGCCAUUUAAGCCCGAAGAACCUUACUCCUGGUAUUAGCCCAUCGACCUCACCCAGCAAUGGUUCCUUGGUGGCUCGUUAUGCAAUGGAAUCAAGCAAACAGUUGGCUGCAGGAAUAAUAACCCUAGGUGACAAAGGAUAUAAAACAAUCUCUAAGUAUUACCCGGAUAUGCUCCAAGACCGUCCAACAUCCCCUGCAAAUUCAAAUCCAAACUGGAAAGUUAAUUCUUCUUCAGAAGUAGAUAAUGCUGGAAUGGUCAUUGUGAAAGAUGUCAUCUCAAAUGCAGUUAUAUCACAGUUUAGAGCUCAUUCCAGUCCACUGUCUGCCUUAUGUUUUGAUCCAAGCGGGACCCUUCUGGUAACAGCCUCGAUACAUGGUAAUAAUGUAAAUAUUUUUCGAAUUAUGCCUUGUACCCGCAACACUUCUAGCAAUCAAAUCCAUGAUUGGAAUUCUUCUCAUGUGCUGCUUUACAAGCUUCACCGUGGCAUAACAUCAGCUGUUAUCCAAGACAUAAGCUUCAGUUGCUACUGUCAGUGGAUUUCUAUUGUAUCCUCCAAGGGUACGUGUCAUGUGUUUGCUCUAUCACCCUUUGGUGGUGAAACGGGCUAUCGGUUUCAAAGGUCCCACAGUCGGGCGGUCAACCCGGUUCAGUCUCUGCCAUGGUGGUCAACUCCAUCAUUUGUCAUAGACGAACAGCCGUUACUGCCACCUCAUCCCCUUACCCUUUCAGUAGUGGGUAGGAUAAAAAAUAACAAUUCAGGAUUUCUUAAUUCCGUUAGCAACACCGCUUCUUUUUUGGGAAAGACAAAUAUACCCUCUGGUUCUGUUGCUUCGGUUUUUCACAACUCUACAACUUAUCGUAAUCAGAAUAUGUCUAAAAAGGUUAACUCUUUGGAAUAUCUGCUAGUUUAUACUCCUUCUGGAUACGUAGUUCAAUACGAACUUCUUCCGUCAGUGGGGAUUCAACAAAUUGAUGUUGGGUCACGGACUCAACCCAUUUCAUAUCAACCGGGCCAAGAUGAUGAGUUAGGAGUGAUAUUCGAGCCUUGCCAAUGGUGGCAAGUUUCUAGAAGACUGGAUUUUCCCGAAAGGGAAGAAUGCAUAUCUGCAACGUCAGUAUAUAAUGUUUGUAUGGGAAGUCAAAAGCUGGUUGAAAAUGAUUCGGUAAAGCAAAAUGAUAGAGCCCAUUUGUUUCUGUCGAAUGCUGAGGUGCAAAUAAAUUCUGGAAGAUUACCGUUGUGGCAAAAUGCCAAGGUACAUUUUUAUGUGAUGAAAUCUGCAAAUGUGGAAGGAUAUGCAGAUGGAGGAGAGGCUCUGAUUGAGAACAUACCUUGUUAUGAAGUGGACAUAAGAAGAAAGGAUUUACUGCCUGUUUUUGACCAUUUCAAUAGCAUUAAAUCAGGCUGGGAUGACAGAGCAUAUUCUGCCAGAAAAAAUCCCGGUGAGUCUGGUGAUGAAUCUGUCAUCUGUCUCUCGAAGCCAGCGUCUGUUAGCUCCACUGAAAGCUCGGAUGGAGGAUCAUCCCGAAGGAUUGAGCAUUUGCUUGAUCUUGAUCCAGUGAAUUGUGGGAAAUCUAGUAUGCCGAACGGUUGCACCCUGAAUGAACUUUAUAAUGACCCAAGAAGCUACCAAAACCCUAAAGAAUCAGCAUUUUCCCCUUCAGAUAUAUGCAAAACCGCUACUUGUCAAACUAUAGGAAAGAGUGGUGGUAGAAUUAUGAGCACGCCUUUGUUGACCACCGACCCUUUCGAUUUUGAGGAGCUGCCUACUGGGGUGAAGAAAUCGGUGGAUUUUGAAGGGUGUUUUCAGGAGGGUUAUUGUAAGGUGGUUGAACCUGAUGGUGACGGGAAGCUAACUGGCGGUUCAAUUGAUUAUGGUGAAUAUGAUGGAAGACAAGAGAAUGAUGGGGAAGAGGAUGAAUUGCUUGGUGGCAUGUUUGACCUUUCUGAAGAAGGUUAAUUUGCUUGCAAGAUGCAUUCAAAUUCAUCAAGUCAGAGCCUUGUAUACUUGUAUGUGAUCAUCUCUCCCUUUUGUUUCUUUUUCUCUUGUAUAUCUGUGAAUAAAUGACAGAUUUUAUGGUUAUGUUGGGGGUCUGGUAUUGGUUCAAAGGGGAACAGGUCUUAUUUGGUUCACUCAUGCACUCACUUUCUAAGCUUGCUUGUAUAGAUGUGGUCAAUGUGAAAGUUCUCUACAAAAUGUAUAUAAUAGAUCUGUUUGUAUAUAUUUUUUUCGUUAAUCAUUAGAACCUGUUACCAGAAAACUUACAGGACCCCGUCAAUACCUUGCUAAGCAGUAAAACAACUUUGUGCUUAGUAUAUGGCCUUUAAGGGAGUUAAA